AUGGUACUUCAAGAUCCACUUCUUGACAUUGCCAAUCAAAUUGUUACAGAAAAUAUACCAUCCUCCCAUUCAAACGACUCAAAAGAUAUAGCUUUCAGCAUUUCCCCUUUCUGUCUACAAGAUGAUACUUCUUUAAUUUUAAAAGACACAACCUCGGCUGGAGUCAGUCAAGUAGAAAGUUCUCAUGCAAUAAUUGCAGAAAAAAAAGAUAAGAGCGAUUAUGUCGAAGUCAUGGAGAAUAAUGAAACUACAUUAGAGUCUCAACCUGUAUAUCACCUUUCUGGAGAGAACAUAGAUACCACAGAUUCUGCUGUACAGGAAUUUCCCAAAAUAGUUCAUACCACAGAAAGGAGUGGAUGUGAAGAGCAGUUUGCUCUCAUGGACAACAAGGAAAACGAAUGCAAUAAUACUUCAAACUCCAUUAACUCCAAACAAUUCGAAUAUGAAAUUAGCGAAUACGUAAAUCCUACCAAGCUAUACAUCACGAGAAAGAGAAAAAAGAACUACCAAAUUUCUCCGGUGUACUCUAAUGAAAGUGACGUAGAUUUAAGUGACACUGAUCCGACCUACAAAGGGGAGCAAGACGACAAAAUGAAAAAAAUACAAAUUUUCAAUAGAAGUAACAGCUCUUCGACUUCUAAUGAUACUUCCAGUUCGUCUUCUAGCGAUACUUCCAGUUCGUCUUCAUCGACGUCAUCAGGAGAAAAUACCCCAUCGACAUCUAAAAAUACUAAAAAACGAACGCCAAACCCUGAAAAAUGGAAACAAAACCUAACAAAACGGUUAAGAAAUACCGGUCAAUCCUAUGUCUCGAUGUCAAAAUCCAAGAAAAUCUUUGCAGCUAGGAGUGUCAAGUCGCCUUGCCCUGAAAAAUGCAGACUCAAAUGCAGGGACAACAUAAAUGAGAAUGAAAGAGCUUCUAUAUUUCAAAAAUUCUGGAAUUUAUCGGAUAUAAACAAACAGCGUUUGUUUGUACAAUCUUGUUUGCGAAAUGUCUCACCCAGGUACAAAUACACGAAUGCUGUGAGACCAAGAAAAGAAAAUAAAGCAUUUUACUUCACAACUGAUAAUGAUCGAGUAAUAGUAUGUAAAGUAUUUUUCAAAAAUACACUGGAUAUAACCGAUCAUGGCGGAAAAACAGUUACAGAUCUUUUCAGAGAUUUCAAAGAAACUCAAACAGGAGAAAACAAAGAGUUUGGAAAAUAUAGCACUUAUUAUAAAGUUUUCACCACCCAGUUCAAUAUAGGGUUUUAUCAGCCCAAAAAAGAUCAAUGUGAUCUAUGUCUUUCAUAUAGUAAUACCAUGGGCAAUGCAAGAGAUAAAAUAGAGGAAGAAUAUAAAAAGCAUCUGGAAGAAAAAGAGUUGUGCAGGAAAGAAAAAUAUUUUGAUCGACUUAAUAUAACGGACAACAAAAAAGUGCUUAUUUACGAUCUACAAGCUGUGCUCCAGUGCCCCAGAGGAGAUACAUCAGCUUUUUAUUAUAAAUCAAAGUUGAAUGCACUUAAUUUUACAUUAGUGGAUUUGAACAAACUCGAUCCAAAUAAUGAGAAAAAACGGGGAUAUCGCGACGUUCAUUGCUUUUACUGGAACGAGACUGAUGCUAAACGUGGCUCUAUUGAAAUUGGAUCUUCAAUUUUGAAGUAUUUUGAAAUAUUGUCUUCUAACAACCCUACAAACGAAGAAAUUGAAAUAACUUUUUACUCUGAUAACUGCUGCGGGCAAAAUAAAAAUAAAGUCAUUGCUACACUAUAUUUAUAUGCAGUGAGUCAUUUCAAUAAUAUAAAAGUUAUCACUCAUAAGUUCCUUAUUAAAGGGCAUACACAGAAUGAAGGAGAUAAUGUGCAUAGCCUCAUUGAAAAGGAGAUAAAAAAAAAUUUAAGAUCUGGCCCUAUAUAUUCCCCUCACCAGUACGUAACAAUGAUUAAAAAUGCUAAAAAAACAAAUCCUCCUUUCAAGGUACAUGAGCUUACUUUUGAGUCAUUCCUUAAUUUGAAAAAACUACAAGAAGAAUGGGGAUAUAAUUACAAUUUUGAUACCUCGGGAAAUACUGUGUUGUGGAAUAACAUUAAGGUGAUGAUGUUUAGAAAAGAAAAACCUUUUAGUUUCUUUUAUAAAACAUCCUACAAGCAGGAGAAUUUUCUUGAAGUUAAUCUGAGAAAUAAAAGAAGGAAGAUGCUUUCUUUGGAGGAAAUUACUCUUGAAAAAGCAUACCAGAAUAAACUCGAAUUGAGCGAAAAUAAGAAAAAGGAUCUGAGAGAACUUAUUUCUAAAAAUUUGAUUCCCAAUUAUUACGCAGAUUUUUAUUCCAGUAUGCUAGCAUAA